CCCUCCUCCCGCCCCGCCCCCUUAGGCGUCACCGGCCACGCCUCCUUCCUGGAGCGCACUAUGAGAGAAGGCGGCCGGGACAGGUAGCGGCAGAGGAAGGAAUGCUGGCCAGGACUCUAUGUGUGUCUGCCCCUGGGAAGGUCAUACUUCAUGGUGAACAUGCUGUGGUCCACGGCAAGGCUGCCGUGGCCGUGGCCGUGAACUUGAGGACCUUCCUUAAAAUGACUCCUCGGAAUGACAGCAAAAUCUUAGUAGAGCUGCCAAAUAUCAGGACCAGACUGUGCUGGGACACCUCAGAACUUCAACCGCUGUUAGAGGCUUUCCCUGCUGACCAAACCGAAUCUCAACCCCCCAACCCAGAACAAGUAGAGAAGUUGAAAGCAUUUGCAGGGCUCAACAACACAACUGCCACCCCGCAAAGCCUGGCUACUCUUGCAUUUCUGUACCUGUACCUGUCUAUCGCAUCCAGAUGUGGAUUCAUGCCGAGUGCGGACAUCGUGGUGUGGUCUGAGCUGCCCACUGGGGCUGGGUUAGGCUCCAGCGCUGCAUAUUCGGUCUGCCUGGCAGGAGCCUUGCUUUCUGGCUGUGGAGUCAUUGGCUACCCUCUGGAGGAGGGCCAAUCUGAGAGCAGGUGGUCCAAAGAGAAUCUGGCCGUGAUCAACAGCUGGGCCUUCCGGGGGGAGCAGGUAAUCCACGGGAACCCAUCCGGGGUGGACAAUUCAGUCAGCACUUGGGGUGGAGCUCUGCGGUACCAGUCGGGGAAGAUCUGCUCAUUGAAAAGAGUGCCCACAUUAAGGAUUUUGCUGACCAACACGCGGGUUCCUCGGAGCACCAAAGUGCUGGUGGCAGGAGUCAAAGACAAGAUGAUGAAGUUUCCUGCUAUAAUGGAGCCGGUCCUCACAUCAGUAGAUGCCAUUUCUCAGGAGUGCGAAACUGUUCUUGCAGCGAUGGCUGAACAUCCAUCACUGGAGCACUACCCUGUUCUAGAGGAGCUGAUGGACAUAAACCAGCACCACCUGAAUGUGAUGGGCGUGGGCCAUUCCUCGCUGGACAAAGUCUGUCAGCUGACCGCCUCCCACGGACUGCACAGCAAACUGACGGGGGCCGGUGGAGGAGGCUGUGCCGUCACCUUGCUACGGCCAGACACGACCCCUCCGGUGGUGGAAGCUGCUGUCCGAGACCUCAGCGACUGCGGCUUUGAGUGCUGGGAGACGGACAUCGGGGCCCCUGGAAUAUGCGCCCACUCACCACAGUCACUCAGAGCAGAGGUGCUGAAGGCGUUCAGCGGGGUGUAACCGUGGCAAGGAAAGAGUUUUUCUGCCAAUUGCUUUGGGGUCCUGUCUUGGCCCUCUGGCGUGGUGGGAUCUUUCUGGAGGUUUUCCGCUAGAUUUGCGUGGACUGAGAUCGAGCUUGAGCCGUGGUGCAGCAGCACAAAUGGGCCCUGUUGGUGAGAGUUCUCAGCCAGCCUUCCUGUGCCUGGCUGGCACAUUGUUUGUGCAGCUUGAAGAGCCGGGGCUGUGGGCUGGCAUCUGGUGAGCCGAUCAUGAUCUUUUCUCUUGCAAAGUCUUUCUGUUCACUGCUGUUCAUGCACUUCUGGAUUCUCAGACAUUUGGCUGCUGUUCUAAUUCUCCUUUGCUUCUGGGCCACGAAGAAUCCCCAUCCUCAGGAAUGAACUAACUUGACUGGUCCCGGCGAGGCCGAAAAUCCUGCUGGACACACUGAGACUGGAAGUUUUUAAUUGGUCUGCUGUACAGAUUAAUCAACUAAGACUUGAUUUGCGGGGUUGAUUUUAAUCAGUGGAGCUGUUAGUCAAAAGGCACAUUGAGUAACUGUUGUUUCAAGGGAGGGAUUAAAAAUGGAACCUUAAAGAUGGCCUUCUA